GGGUGUCCUGCAAUCAGCAUUGGACAGCAGCUGAGCUGAGUGCUCCUCCUCGCUUCAAUCUUCUUUAAAACCUGCUGGAAACCACCGACACGCAUUCAUUUACCUGCUGCUCAUAGCCGAGGAAAGAUGUUCUGCAGACGUGCAUUACAGAGAGUUGGGCCGUUGGCACGGAGGGCUUUCGCACCAACAUCCAGAAAUGCAACUCCAGUGCGACACAUGGCCUUUGGGGUCCCCGGUGGCUCCAGCAACAUGGCAUACUUUGUCCUGUGUGGAGGAGGCCUCACUGCUGCAGUCGUCUAUGCCUACAAAACAGUCAAUGGUGAUGUUGAGGAAAAAGUUGCCAGCGUUGACUCCACAGCAAAGGAGUCAGCAGCAGAAGUAGUGGCACCCGCUGCAGAGGUGGUCGCUGAAGUUGUCACAGAAGCUGUUGUAGCUGAGCCUACUCCUGCAGAACCAGUCGCGGAGACUGCUGCGGAACCUGCCGUUGAACUGGCAGCGGAACCUGCUGCUGAAGCUGCCGUGGAACCUGCUGUUGAGGCCGCACCUGAAGAAGCGUCUGCCACUGCAGCCUCUGAGGUGGCCGUCGCUGAGGUGGCAGCUGAGCCAGCAGUUGUAGAAGAAGCCGCGGCACCUGUAGAGGCCGUGGCGGCUCCUGUAGAAGUUGCCGCUGCUGAGGAGACACCAGCGGAGACGCCAGCAGAGGCCCCAGCUGCUGAAGCCCCCGUAGAAGAAGUCCCUGCCGCAGAAGCUCCCGCAGUAGAGGUCCCAGCCACAGAAGAAGCUCCCGCAGUAGAGGUCCCAGCCACAGAAGAAGCUCCCGCAGCAGAGAGCGCUGAGCCUUCCCCUGGCCUGCUCUCAGCUAUGAAGGUCUUGACCAGCUCUACAGUGGAGAUUGCAGCGGCUUCUGUUGGUGAGACAAGUCUGGUGCAAGCUGUUCAGAAUAUAGAGGACAUAAAAAGUCUGGAUGUCACACUGGAGGAGGAGAAGCCAGAAGUCCUGGAAACAAUCCCAGAUGAAAUAUCUGAAGAGGUAUCGGUUGUGGAGAAUAAGGAGGAGCUAAAGGCUGCAGAGGAUGGUGCAGCUGAUGCAGAAGAUGCUGAAGCUCCAGCUGCAGAGGAGCUGAUCCAAGAGGAGACGCCUGCUCCUGUAGAAGCACCAGAGGACGAGGAGGUGUUUCUGUCUGAGGAACCUACAGCUUCAGCAACUACGAUAGAGGAGGUGGCUGAGGAACCAGCAGCUUCAGCCCCGACAGUGGAGGAGGUGGCUGAGGAUCCGGCAGCCUCUGCCACAAUGGAGGAGGAAGUGGCUGAGGAACCGGCAGCUUCAGCAGCGGUUGUGGAAGAAGCGAGUGCAGUUGAAUCUGAAGAAGCUGCUGCAGAAGAGAGUGUCACCUGCACAGAACCCUUACCUGAAGAAGCUGCUCCAGCGGAGGAAGAAGCUGCACUAACUGAGGAGGCAACCACUGCAGAAGCUGCUCCAGAAGAGGAGACAACACCUGCUGCUGAGACACCAGUGGAGGAGGAGGCAGCAGCAGAGGAGACGAUGGAAUCUGAGGAGACCACAGCAGUAGUUGUGGACACGAGUCAGUUGGCAGCAGCUUCCUCCGGGUCGGACCUGGAAGUCCUUCCUGCUGCUGAAUCUGAGUCUACAAUCACAUCAGAGGCUGCAGAGCACGAGGCAGAGCACUUCCACUCCUGCCACUCUGCUCCAUCAGAAGCAGUGGAGGCGGCGCCACCUGCUGCUUGGGGAGAGCAGCUGGCCAUUGAGGAAGCUGUGGAUGUAACACAUAAAGUCAAGGAAGAAGAAGUGUCCCUGGUGGAAGGACAAGAGCCAAAGGGGUCUUUCUGGACUGUAAAAAGCUGCUCAGUGAUGUAAUAGUACAGUUAAGAAGCCACAGAGACUAUGUUGGUGGUGGCAGCCCAGUCAUGACAGACAGACAGCGUGCCUUCCACAACACUCAAGCCAGCAUCACUGAUGGAAACAGGAGCAGCUGGUUUAACUAGCUAAUGUGUCCUUUAUGAAAGGUUAUCAGAAGUAUUUUUAUUUUGUUUCCCAUCUGUUUCUGAUCAUAUUAGCAUUUGUGGAGUUAUUCCCCUAAUGGCCACUAGGCCACUGUUGCAAAGCUUUUCAUGCUAGUUAAAUUGAGACGUUUUUGUUGUAGAAGGUGGAUUGGAAGCGGGUUAUUGUAAGUGUAAUGUAAUCAACCUAACAAUAUCUACAAACUGUACCAUGAUAUUCAAAACAACCAUGUUUUUUCUUCAAGCUGAUAUAAUAGCCAUAAGAUACGCAUUUUUGUCACGUUUGUCAUAGUGUACAUUUAUCUUGAACAAUCUUAAGUUUUUUAAGGCCAUUACACUUAUUGUCAUGCAUUCCUAGGAGAAAAUGUGAAAUGUAUAUAUUGAAUAUAUUAGUAUAAAUCUUAACCUUCAACAGCAAAAAAAAAAGUUAAUUAUAAAGGUCCGAACCAAUAUACAUUGAUUUUGUACCAUUUCACUUAAUUGUGUUCAAAGUAAAAUGUCUAGAAAUCUUAAGAGUUGUCCAUGCUAUUGUUCAAAUAUGAUAACUAUAUAACAAUACAGUAAUAAUUUAAUAUAGCGAUUUCUAUGUAGUUAAUUGAGUUGUUCUGUUGUCAUGAUAAUGUGUUCACAUAUACA